GGGCUGAGACUCGCUGGGGGUUGAUCCUGGUUCGCUGUCACCAGCCCGUGGGGCUCAGAGCCAGACUGCGGGCGCAUCGUGGUUUACCGGUGCAAUGCUAGGAGUUGCAGAGCUGACUAAAUUGCCACUCCUCCCCAGAGUCCCCGAAACAGACGUGGACUGAUCCCUCACCUUGGGUGGGCUCUCGCGGGAGGAGGGACGGAGGGACGGGAAGGAAGGCAAGAAACUCGGCCUCAGUUGCUUGUGGCACUGGGCACCUUCACCCUCUCCGGUGGUGCCCGCCUUUCUCAGCCGUAACCUACAGAGCAGAGCAAGGAGCGGCCUCAGGGACAGAGCCGGAAUUUGGCUCUGGGAGACCCCCGAGUCCGAAGUGGCGGGGUCUGCAGACGGAGCCCUCCAGGAAGUCUGUACCUGAGUACAGUGGGUUACAAGCGGGUCUCCCAAGGCGACUCUCUCCUCGGCAUCUGAGCUCACUUGGUCAGAAACCUUGGAUGAACCCGUGGGACCCUUCCUCCUAGCCCUGUGGUUUGGAGCCAGUGGCUUUGGGACUGUGAGAGGAUGGACAAAGAUUCCCAGGGGCUGCUAGAUUCAACCCUGAUGGCAUCAGGCACUGCUAGCCGUUCAGAGGAUGAAGAGUCACUGGCAGGACAGAAGCGAGCUUCGUCUCAGGCUCUGGGUACUAUCCCUAAACGCAGAAGCUCUUCCAGGUUCAUCAAACGGAAAAAAUUUGAUGAUGAGCUGGUAGAGAGCAGCCUGGCCAAAUCCUCUACCCGGGUGAAGGGGACCAGUGGAGUGGAAUCGGGCCGCUGCUCAGGGAGUGAGCCCUCCUCUAGUGAGAAGAAGAAGGUAUCCAAGGCCCCUAGUACUCCUGUGCCACCCAGCCCUGCCCCAACCCCUGGACUCACUAAGCGUGUGAAGAAAAGCAAACAGCCACUUCAGGUGACCAAGGAUCUGGGCCGAUGGAAGCCUGCAGAUGACCUCCUUCUCAUCAAUGCUGUGUUGCAGACCAAUGACCUGACAUCCGUCCACCUGGGUGUGAAGUUCAGCUGCCGCUUUACCCUGCGGGAAGUUCAAGAGCGUUGGUACGCCCUGCUCUACGACCCUGUCAUCUCCAAGCUGGCUUGCCAGGCCAUGAGGCAGUUGCACCCAGAAGCAAUUGCAGCCAUUCAGAGCAAGGCCCUGUUCAGCAAGGCUGAGGAGCAGCUACUGAGCAAAGUAGGAUCGACCAGCCAGCCCACCUUGGAAACCUUCCAGGACUUGCUGCACAGACACCCUGAUGCCUUCUACCUGACCCGUACUGCUAAGGCUCUGCAGGCCCACUGGCAGCUCAUGAGACAGUAUUACUUACUCGAGGACCAGACAGUGCAGCCACUGCCCAAGGGGGACCAAGUGCUGAACUUCUCUGAUGCUGAGGACCUGAUUGACGACAGUAAGCUCAAGGACAUGCGAGAUGAAGUUCUGGAGCAUGAGCUGACGGUGGCUGACCGGCGCCAGAAACGAGAGAUCCGGCAGCUGGAACAGGAAUUGCAUAAGUGGCAGGUGCUAGUGGACAGCAUCACAGGCAUGAGCUCUCCAGACUUCGACAACCAGACCCUGGCAGUGUUGCGGGGCCGCAUGGUGCGGUACCUAAUGCGCUCUCGUGAGAUCACCCUGGGCAGAGCAACCAAGGACAACCAGAUCGAUGUGGACCUGUCUCUAGAAGGUCCAGCUUGGAAGAUCUCCCGAAAGCAAGGUGUUAUCAAGCUGAAAAACAAUGGUGACUUCUUCAUUGCCAAUGAGGGCCGGCGGCCCAUCUAUAUUGAUGGCCGGCCUGUACUAUGUGGCUCCAAGUGGCGGCUUAGCAACAACUCUGUGGUGGAAAUCGCCAGCCUACGAUUUGUCUUCCUCAUCAACCAGGACCUCAUUGCCCUCAUCCGGGCUGAGGCUGCCAAGAUCACACCACAGUGAGGCGGGUAGCAGAAACCAGGGCAUUCUUUGGCUUCAGUUUCCCCUGUCAUUCCAGCUCCCUUGAGCUGGGAACUCAGGCUCCUGGAAAACACUUCUGCCCAGAGUGGGUAGUGGAGGCCCAACUGCUGGCCCAUUGAUUUGAGCCUUUGAAGCAAGGUGGGAUCACCAUGGGGAAGCCAGGAGAGGCUGGGACCCCUGCGCCUCCCCAGAGCCAGAGUCCCACCAUUGCCACAUCACUCCUGUAUCUCCAGGGGAUCAGCUUUAGUCGCCCCCCCCUUUUUGCUUUUCUUUUUGUAAAUAAAAAGCACCAAGUUCCAAA